AUGCGGUGGCUUCUCGUCAGCUUCAUCCUGUUCGUCGCCGUCCUGACGACGGACGUGAAGGUCAUUCUGAAUGUCAUGUGUCCCAUUGCCACCCCAAAAUUCCCCAGAACCGCCAAUUUCACUCUGAUGGAACGGGAUGGCGGCGUUAAUGGUUGGUUUUUAAGAUUAAAAAAAUGAUUAAAAAAAUGAAACUUUUUUUCGUAAAAAAACUCUGACUCGAUUUUACACCCCUUAGGAGGUUAUUUUAAUUUAAAAGACAAUUUUUUUUUGAUUUCUGUUGGUAACGCUAACCGGACGUGCUCCGGACGUUCCUGGGCAAUUCUAGGGAUCACUUAAGAGUUCUGAGGCUACUAAAGUGGUCACUAAAAACGCCCCGAAAUGUUCGAUUCGCGUCCCGUUCACCUUACCAAGGUCCAAGAAAGUUUACCUCCGCAUUAAGUUCUUAGGAAUCCCAGAGUGGUCCCUAGAGGGUUAAAAUAAAAAACAGCCCAAAGCGGGGCCGAAAAAGUGGUCCCUAUAGGGGGGAAUCAAGGUGGUUUCUACAGGGGUUCAAUAUCUGUACCCUCAGCUCCUAAAUUUAAAUGGUCCCUAUAGGGGGGAAAUCAAGGUGGUUUCUACAGGGGUUCAAUAUCUGUACCCUCAGCUCCUAAAGCUUAAGUGGUCCCUAUAGGGGUAAGGAGAAAAAACAGCCCAUAAAGAGCCGAAAAAAUGGUCUUUAUAGGUAGAGAGCGCAGAGCCACGCCCCUUUUUGCGAUGGUGAAAUGCACUGGUUUUUUAGAUUUUGUGUUUGAUGUUUUCGUAAAAGCACAAUACUGAACCAAACACAGAGAAAAUUGGGAGAAACAUAUAGAAAACCUUCCUCUUUAAUCUGAUAUAUUUUUCACCCGAUUUUCGAAGCGUUUUAGCGGAGUGUCGUACGAAAAACCAAAACUACUUUUUUUCUUCGGGUUUUUAACCUAGUUCCAUGUCGUUGGCGCCUUUUUUUAUUUUCGAAUUCAAUUUUUAAGUGAAAAACACAUUUUUUAAGAAAAAAAAAUUAAAAUUUUUACGGUGCCCAAUCUUCGUGAGGCCGCGCAAAGUUGAAAAAUGUUGUACUCGGUUUCGAGUGCGUGUAAGUAAAAAAAUUGUUAUUUUUAACUUGUGCAUUAAAUUGUAACUAAAACUUUAUUAGUAUAAAACUUGAUCCGAAAACUUUGUUUUCUGAGAAAAAAAAGACAGUGAAAAUUUCGAAAUUCAUUUUAGCAUGGUCAGAUGUCGUUGGCGCCUUUUUUUAUUUCUUAAAUAUUAGCGUAUCUCAAUUUUUUCAAUCAAUUAAAAAAAUAAAAUAAAAAAAUUUUAGCGGUGUCUAAAAAGUUUAAUUAUUGUUAAUUUGGAGCCAACGUUAAAAAAAUAACAAAAAAACGCCGAAAAAAAGGAGGUAUUUCGAACUGAAUCUUUAUGAAUAAAUUGUUUUUAGGUGAUCCGAACACACGUGACUAAUAAUUCUUCAACUAUCAUAACUUUUUUUUAAACAAGAUAGUCGGUAAAUGCUGUACUUUGAGGUGAAGUGGUGUAUGGCGCGAACGCCUCUCAUCUCCGAGAGAUGUGUGUGGAGCAGCGCAAGUGCGCCUGCAUACAGUUUUGAUAUCGCGAGUUCAAUCCUCGCAGCGGCCAUUUUUUCAAUUUUUGAUGAAAAAAUAGCUUUUCUCUUCGAACUUGUGGUUUUAUACUGUUUUAAUAACUUAUUAUGACUUUGAAAAUCGAACUGAACUACUAAAAAAUUUAAAUCCGAUAUGAAAACAAAAUGAACGACCAAAAGUGUAAAAUCUAAACUUUCAGUACUAAAUUUCGCGACAUUUUUCACUUCUUUUUUGAUCAUAACUUUUUUUGUUUUCAACCUUUUUUUUAAAAACUGAACUGUUUUGAAUAGUAAAUUGGAGCAGCUAUCCAACCAUAGUGAUAUUGAAGCUCGAACAUUUUUUUGAAAAUUUGGUUGCGGUCCCUAUUUAUAGGGAUAAAAUCAAGGUGGUCCCUAUUAUAGUUUCGAAAAUUGACCGUUCGACCGACCGUUCGACCAAUAUUUUUUCAACAUGUCAUAAUAAAUGGUCAUUGGUCGAACGGUUGGAGUUUCAACAUUUCAACAUGUCACUUCAGAAUGACAUGUUGGUUUUUGACCGUUCGAAAUGUCACUCUGAAAUUGGUCGGUCAUUUUUCGAACGUUCGAAAUGUCACUCUGAAAAUGGUCGGUCAUUUUUCGAACGUUCGAAAUGUCACUUCAAAAAUGGUCGGUCGGUUUCGUAAAUUUCAGAAAUUGGUCGGUCAAACGAACGGUCAGAAAAAUGACAUAUUAUAACCGUUCGAAAAACUGAACGGUCAUAUCAGUUGAACGGUCUAAUUGGUCGAACGGUCGAAUUUUAGAACACUAGUCCCUAUAGGGUUUUGAAGUCUUUCCCCUUAGCCCCUAAAGUGGUCCCUAUAGGUAGGGACCGCAAAGCCACGCCCCUUUUCGCGAUAGAAAAAGUGGCUUUUUGGUUUUCAACUUUCAUUUUGUUGUAGUUGCAAAAUAUGUGGAACUGGCUAAUAAAAUUUGACACACAUGUACAGAAAAAGCUUCCUCUUUCAUUUAAAAAAAUAUUUCACGCUUUUUUUGAUGCGUUCUCGCGGAAUGUCGUACAAAAAAACGUGAAUGGAACUAAAAAUUUUUGUCUUUUUUUGCUUUUUUAUGUGUUUUCAGGUCGAACGCACUCUUUCUUUUUUUAUAUAAUGAAUUUGAUUGAAGUAACGGUAAUUCUAAAACAAUAAAAUAAAAAAUUCGUCUUUGCCAAACAUUUUAGGGAGUGCCGAAAGUCAUAAUUCAAAAUAUCGUUAAUAAGCGAAUAUAAUCGAGUUUUUGUUUUUUCAAAAUUUAGACCAUGGGCUUACUUAAAUUUUUCUCCACAGCAUCUGCGCUUGAAAAAGUUGUUUAAUACACAAAAAUGCUCUUGAAAAUAGAGAAUAAAAUUAGCGGCGUUUAUCACACAAAAAGCGGUCGAACGCAGGUUUUUUAAACGAUUAUAUACAUUUAUUAGUGAAAAAAACCUUUCAAUUAAAAAAAUAAAAUAAAAAAAUUCGUCUUUGCCAAAAAAAUUUACGGGGCCGUUUUUAUUGCUGCGAUCGUUAAACGAGGCAAAAGGCACUAAAAAAACAGUUUUUCCGAAGUAAAUUUCUACGAAAAGUUUGAGUAGAGAUUUCCGAACAUAUUCUGAUAAAAAUAGCUUAAUUACUUCAAGUUUUUCUUUUUGAAAUAGGCAAUCUGUGCUAUUCAAACGGCUCAAGGGUAUGGCGGAUGGAGGCUCCCCUCGGUAGACCCUGACAGCUUGGCGCAGCGCGUGCGCUGCGAACUUUCAUUUUGAGGCCGCGAGUUCGAUGCCCGCAAGCGUCAGUUUUUUUGUUUUUCUGGAAAAAUACCGACUUUUUUUCGGCAAACUAGCUGAUGAGCAUCAUUUUAGCACUCUAUUAUGAUUUUGUUACAUCAUAAUAGACCAGUAUCAAAAACUUUGUUCUAGAAGAAAAAAAUCGAGAAAAAAAUGUCAAAAAAAUGGAUAAUACCAAAAAUUUCAGUACUAAAAAAAUGGUGCGCGGCGCGCCACAUUUUUCCGUCAUAACUUUUUUCAUCCUCAAUCUUUUUUGAAAAACUAAACGGUUCUGAGUUUUGAAUCGAAACAGCUAUCAAACCAUACAAAACUCAAUGCUGAAAAAAUUUUUUUGAAAAUUCGUCUGCGGUCCCUACCUAUAGGAGUAUGAUUUGAAUGGUUCCAAUAGGAGAUUAGGGUCUGACUUCUAUGCCCCUCAAGAUCAAGUGAUCCCUACAGGGGUUUAAGAUCUGAACCCUUAGCCCCUAUAGCUUAAGUGGUCCCUAUAGGGGUUCAUUCAAUUUUUCGCAUGGAAAUGCUUCUUCUCAUAGAGUAUACCCCAUAUAGAGACCCUUAACUAAAAUCCCUUUAGGAACCACUUUUGCAAGCAUUAGUGGCCCCUAUAGGGGUUGGUGAAGUGGUCUCUAGAGGGGACCCUUUUAAGUUCCCUAAGGUUGCCUCUAUAGGGACCACUCUGCAGUUCCCAAGUUAUUUUCAUAAUUUGACGGGUUUUUCUACUUUUAACAUUUUUCGAAUCCAUUUUUUUAAGUUGAAAAAAAUAAACGAUAAAAAAAUAACAGCAAAUAAAAAAAAUUUUUUUAAACCAAAAUCAGCAUGUUCUCCCGUUUUAUUAGACAACAGAAACACAAAAAAAUUUAAAAAAAUGCGCUUUUUAUAUCCAAAACUUGAUAUUUUCGCAGGAUUCUGGGCCUUCCUCGACUCGGACGACAAAGUUGAUGAGAAAACGGUCAAGAUCAAGAAUGGUACAGGAGUCGAAACAAUUUUCCAAGGCUCCGAAUUCGAAUUUACCGAUUUGGAACUCUACUUCCUGGUCACACACAACUGCACAAAGGUUUUGAGAAGAAAUUAUUGAUAUCAGAUGGAUUUUCGCAGAACAAGCAAGUGAACACCUACGAAUUCCCAGUGCUCAUGAACAAUCAAACCGGAGGCUUGAUGAACGUCACCAUGUUCCAUAUGCUUAAAUGA